AUGGCGACAACAACUAGCAGCAGCAGCGGCGAGACGGCGGUGACCCUCCGCAGCUCGGACGGCGAGGAGAUGGUGGUCGAGGCGGACACGAUGGCGGCGGCGUCGGUGCUGAUCAAGAACAUGCUGGAGGACGGCCUCGCCGGCGACGUGAUCCCGCUGCCCGAGGUGAAGGGCCGCAUCCUGGCCCGCGUCGUCGACUACUGCAACCGGCACUACGCCGACGGCGCCGAGGCGCACGUGAGCAGCACCUUCUCGUCGGGCGACCCCGAGCUGGACCGCUUCGACGCCGACUUGGUGAGCGGCAUCGACCAGGACACGCUCUUCGACCUCCUCAUCGCCGCCAACUACCUCGAGGUGCAGGGCCUCCUCGACCUGACGUGCAAGACGGUGGCCGGCCAGCUCGUCGGCAAGACGGUGGAGGACAUGCGCAACCACUUCAACAUCGUAAACGACUACACAAAGGAGGAGGAGGAGGAGGUCCGCACUCAAAAUGCAUGGGCCUUCGAGUAG